AUGUUUGGCGUGACCUGGGUCGCGUUCGGGAGCGUUGCGGUUUGCUACGCCCUUUUGUUGCUGUACGUGAAGGAACCCAAGAAGAAAAAACAUGCCGACGAGUAUCACGAGCUGCUCUCGGUGGAGGAAGAAAAGGAUGCUGUUCUUACACCGGCCGGUUUACUAGCAACUGAGGAUGCAAGUAAGAGCACCGCCUUGGCGGUCAAAGCCGGUUCGCCAGAAACGGAUGAGUCGAAGGACGCCACCAAGGGAAGCUCAGAAAUUCCCGCUGCACCAGCGGCCAAAAUAGAACCGAAGAACAAGAUGUCGGACUUGCAACGAAAGAUCCUCUGGAUCACGAUCGUUGGCUGCUCGUUCGAUUCCGCCGGCGACGAGGGGACACGCAUUGCGCGCGGCACGGUUCUGCAAAAUGUCUGGCCCGCCACCAAUGACAUCAUGUUUCAGAACGUCCUCCUCUUGUCCCUGAUCGUCAUCAUCUGCCUCUCCAUGGCCAUCACCGGUAUCGGCAGGGCGAAGGUCGGUCUCGGCGCGACGGCCGCCCUCGGCGCGGCCGCGACGUUGGGGACCCAACUCUGUUUGAACAAGGCCAUCAUCCACCAUAAGAAUUACACCACGUUUUUGGCGGUGUGGUAUUUCGGGAAGCUGUUCGGGAUCUGCAGCUCGUUGGCGGCAUUCUUCAUUGUGAACGACUACUCGCCGAAAGACCAGAUCGGUACGUGGAGCGGGCGGCUCCAGCUGGCAAUGGGCGUGAUGGAGGCGAUCUCGAUGUCAAAAGGAAAAAUCCCCCCUCCCCAUAUCGGAAACGAAAUUUGUGAUGCUGGAUUUGAGUACACAAAUCAGAUUUGUCUUGCUGAAGAGGACUGCAGGCCCACAUCAAGCCUGAGUAGAGAGGUUUUGGCCUAGGCGCUUAGCAUGAGAAACGUCUGCGCUGUAGGCCAAACAGCAUCACAAACCGCCUGCAUAAUGCGGCGGAGCCUGUGGAAUUGCCUUCUUUCAAGACAGAGAUCAUUUGCGGUCGCAAAUCAGCAUUGCAAAUUUUCUGCGACGUACCUUUUCGACAUGGGGAGGGGGGAUUUUUCCCCGGGAUACUCGACCAUGACCAUCGCAAAUGUGUACGACGCGGCAAAUGAACCAGACGCGGAUGGGAAGUUAUCGGAAGACGGAAAGUAUACGGCUUUUUUUUCCUUUUGCUUUUGAACUUUGCAUGGUUGGACCACCGAAGUAGACUUGAAAAAGUAUGGCAAUCGCCAGUGCCGAGCAUCCCUGGGUUUCAGGGUUUUAGGAUUUAGGCUUAUUUCUCCCCGUUCGUCCACAUGAUAUCGUACUCUACAACUGCGCUGGGCGCCAGUACUAGCACGCAGCACCAUUCUUGGUUUUCGCUUCCUGCCCACGAGAGACAUAAAAUUUCCGCAGGUACGGUGUGGUCGCCAUGUUUGUGACCGCGGGCGUUUCCACCAUGGCCGUGUUCGCGUACGCCCCACUGAUCCGCAUGGUCCCCGCGCCGUUCCGUGCGGAUGCAGAGCGCGAAAAGAAAUUCACCUGCAAGUCGGUGGAGGAGUACCUCGCGCUGUCCGACGGCGACUGGGGGAAGCUGACCUACGAGGAAAUCGACUACUACGAGGCGAAGCGCUACGCGAAGGUGCUCGAGCAGGCGGAAAAGGACAAGCUGGACGUGCAGGAGGCCCUCGCGGGGAUUGUGCCACGGCAACCGAAAUGGGGCGCCUACCCCGCCAACGGCGCCGCCGACGACGGGGGGGAGAUUGCGGCCUUUCUUUCGAAUGCCAGUGCGAAUUUGCAGUUCGUGAAGACGAGGCUGACCGGUUCGCUGACGGACCACGCGAAGAUGGAGGAGGAACGAAAAAUGAUAGUGGCCUACCAGAAAAACGUGGACGAGAAGGUCAAUAGGGAGGAGCAGGCGAUUCAGAUGGGCAAGUGGCUGGCGGGCUACUUCGACGACGCGGGGUACACCGACUGGAGCACCACACCGCAAUUUUUCAAGGCGAUGAUGGUGGGGGCGUUCCCGCCCAUCACGCCGCUGGAUGGCUCCCGGGUGGACUACCAAACGGUCGACAUGGAGAAGUUGUACGUGGGGUACAUGUAUGCAUUGGAAAAGCAUCGGAUAGCAGGUAGUGCCUGCAGCAUAAAAAUUAUUUUCGGGUGCAAUGCAGUUUUUUAUUUUCUUGAGAAAUUUGUGUAAACGUAAAGAUGCCUCUUUUGCUGGUGCGCUAUAUGCUUUUGCAAUGCAUAGUGUGAAAUCAUCGGACCGACUGUUGGGGAACACGAUCGCGGUGCAGAAAGACAAGGGGAGUGCCUUGGGUGGAGCCACAAAAGAUAAGACGCAAUUGAUGGGAGUCACGAGGACGCUGUCGCACGGAAAGCUGAAGUGAGGAGCCGGCCCGGAUUUUUAUCUUCAGUUGCUGGCAGGGAAGUGUACUUCUAAGAAAGCAGCAGAGCGGGGUAAAAACCCCGAAAUGCGCAGGCUUUCGCCGUGCUUGAGUGGCAAACUCAUGUUCGAAACUCUACAAGCCGCAGUGUUCUUCUUUGCAGGCGUUUCCGGCACAUGUGCAGACGACUUUGGUGUUGAAGGAAAAGAUGAUGCGCU